GAUGGCAACUCGUUGUCUGUCCCUCUCUCUCUCUCUCUCUCUCUCUCUCUCUCUUCUCUCUCUCUCUCUCUCUCUAUCUAACCAGUGAUUGAAAAAGUAGGGCUCUGUUGAUCGAUUGGCCAUUUACGUUUCUCUUCCUCCCUCUGCUCUGCGCAGUUCAUGACAUUCUCUUCGUUAGGUUGCGAUUUAGGGUUUCUGUACAGGAUAGCGAUAGCCAUGGGAUGCCUCUUCGGAUGCUUUCGCAUCAAGGAUGAUCACCGCCCUCGGCCUCAUCUUGUUUCGGAGCCAGUCCAUCCGAAGGCCAGAGAAGCUGUCAUAACUAGCAAUCGUCUGUCAACUUUAUUUCUUUCUGGAGUACCUUUCUCUUUUGGUUUACUUGAGUAUCAAUUUUCAUCGUUCUUUAAAGAAAAUCAAGAUUCACCAUGCAAGGAUAAGGAAAACAGCUCUUUGGGAUCUCCACUAGCUCGAACUGAUGACAAGGGGCUCAAGGAUGAGGCCAAGUUUCUUAAAGCUUGUGGUACUUUGCUUGAGACGCCCGCUGAAAUACGGAAAGCAUAUAAGAACUCAGAAGGUUCACCAACUCCUGACAGAGAUUCAGAUCCUUCAAAGUUCCCUUCAUGGCUUCCUGACACAUGCAUGAAGAAGCUCCAGUUAGAUCAGCAAUCUGAUAAUAUCCAUACUCCAGCCAAACAGAGUGGAGAGCGGGUAAUGUUGUCCAGUUCUUCAGAGGAUACACCAAGCAGCUGUGUUUCCGAUGGGCAAAAUAUGGGGUGGAUUGCUCCUGGAUCAUGCAAAGCUAGUGGGGCUAAAAGUGUCAAUAUGACUGUCAAACUUCAUGCUGAACAAAGUGAUGAUUUUUCAACUUCUUCAACCUUACAUGGUUCUUCAGGGGUAGACAUUCACUGCAAAUACAAGUCUGUGCAUUUUGAAUGUGAGUCUAGUACACCCUUCCUUUCCUUAAGAAGCUCUUCAUCAGAAUUUGUAGGUGAACAGUCGAAGAAAGCUGAAUUGUCAGGUAAUCGUAGUGUGUCAAAUCCUUCACCUUAUUCAACCCCAUUAAAUCUAACAGAUGAGAUGCAAACACCUGGAACUGUCUUCCCUGCAAAUUUAGAAAUUAAAGAAAAUGGUAAGAAUGCUCGGAUCAGGUCCCAGUACGUGUACUCAGUAUUGAACCCUGUUGAGAAUCUGUCUCAGUGGAAGGUGCUGAAGGAAGAAGAUUCCAACUCCUAUGAAUUGUCAGGUCAACUAAGAGAUUCUCUUGAACAGCCCAAAAUAGCUACCUCCAAAUCUGAAAAAAGGGAGAGAGAAACUUCUGACAUGGAAGAGUUGAAGGUUGAAGCAAGCUUGUCUACUUGGCUGAAGCCCCCGCCAUCCAUUCGGGAUGACAAAAAUCGAAAUUGUGGGGGCAGAUCUUGUAAAAGUCCCAAUUUUGGCAAGACUCCUUGUGACAGACCUAUUCUUGGAACAGUUGCUACACAUUGGAAUGAAGAGGAUCUUUCUCAUAUCACCACCAAGUGGUGGGAUGGGAAUGGAAUCCCUAAUUCAACCAAUAAAUACAAGGAGGAUCAGAAAGUGAGUUGGCAUGCGACACCAUUUGAGGAGAGACUCGAAAAGGCAUUAUCAGAAGAAAGUCUCAUCUCACAAAGGAGGCAUGGUGGAACACCCCCCCUAGUUUUUGAUGAGAAUGAGGAAUGCGACACUGCUGUAUCUCAGAUGCAGUCCUUGACAAAUCCCAAGUCGGUUGUUUCAUUCUGAUCAAAAGUGGGAAUGUUCACUUGGGAUGUGAGUUUUUCACUUUCAUUAUGCUGUUAAGAGUUCUCUGCAAAAGACAAUUGAAGUCCAUGUGAUGAUCCCAUCGAAAGAAAGUCCUCCAUCUGAUGAAAUAUUAUGAUUGGUUUGUGACAUUCUGGAGAAGAAUGAAGCCAAUUCUGGGAAUCCUGUUAUUGUGUCAAUAGUCACUGACAGGCAGCAUGAGGAUGCGGCUUGCAAUGCACAUAAUUAGAGCAAACAUAAAAUGAUGGCUCUUGGCAGUGUUUGGGAGCAUGAAUUUCAGGGCAUGAAGUUGAAUUUGUGUGGAUUUGGAAGAUAUAUAUAUAUAUAUAAAUUCAAAUUUAAGGUCUGAAUUCCAUGUUCCCAAACAAAAAGUCUGCUUUUCAAGAAGAGCAAUGCUAUAUAGUAUAUACUGUUCAUAUUGUGGCAUAUUGUAAUUUCAUAUUUUACUGGAGUAGUAAGUAUGAUAAUGGAGAAAUUAUUACGUCCUCCAGGGCAUGAUCUAAAUACAUUUGACAGUAA